GCUGGUACUAGGUUCCGUUCCCUCGCUCUCUACAGAAAAAGAAAGAAUUCUACAGUUUUAUUUUAUAUAAUACAUAGGUGCAGAACUGCUAAAGCUUUCAGAGUCGAUGGGGCAGGCAGCUUCAGAACAGAAAAACAGAAAUGCGGACAUCGUAGUGAUUCCCUACACAGAUUCGGAUCAAGAUGCAUACACACCUCUCUCGAAAGAGUGUCAGGACAGGUUAUGCAAGGUCAAUAUUCUGAGCGAGAAUUACUGCGUCCAGCGUGACCUAAAUCAGACGCUACAUCAGCUGGCAGAGCUGGGUAAGACGGACACGGUGCGCAUGAAGCUGAAAGAAGGGUUUUGCCCAAACAAGUUGGAUGGAGACCAGCUAGCACCCCUGCACUACGCCGCUCGCUACAACCACGCGGAAGCAGUCAAGCUACUGCUGGAGUACGGCGCCGACGUGAACAUCAAAGGGCAGGACGAGAGGACGCCCCUGCACUAUGCCGUCAGAUCUCGACAGCAGCCCAGACAAGAAGCGACCCAGAUUCAGACUGGAACAGAGUACAAACCCGUCGGCGAGUCGAUGAUCAUCCUGUUGAGAAAUAAAGGAGCAGAUGUCAACGCUCAGGACAAAUAUGGACAAACCCCUCUCCACUUUGCUGCCAUGACAGGCAACAUGUCCGCCGCGCAAGAUUUAGUGGAGACAUGCGGGGCGCAAGUACAAAUCGAAGACGCCCAGCACAUGACUCCACUGAUCGUGGCGGCUUCACACGGACACCUAGAAAUCGUCGGUUUAUUCCUCGAUGUCGUCAGUGUGGAUUUCCGCCAAGCAGACGCCUCGAAGCAGACGGCUUUGCACCACGCGGCUAAAGGUGGUCACGAUACCGUGGUGGAAUUCCUGUUAGACAAGAUGGAAGGGGUGGCUUAUUUCCAAGAAUUCCUCGAAGGACAAGACACCAAGCGGAAGACGCCAUUGUACCACGCCGCCGGUAACGGACAUGUGAAAGUGGUGUCUCUUCUCUUGAAAGCGGGGGCAAAUCUAAAGGCUGAAACCGUUACCAUGGCGACCCCGCUACAUGCUGCUGCCAGCGUCGGCAAUGUUGACAUUAUUACAUUAAUCACUGACGCGUGUGCGAAGCAAAAUGUGUACUGGGACGUACAAGACAUUUUCCAACGAACCCCGCUGAUGAAUGCAGUUGCCGGCAACCACACAGAAGCCAUCAAAUUGCUGCUUAACAAACGAGCAAAUAUCAGACAGACAGACAUGAACCAGGCAACACCACUACUGAUUGCUGCCCAGAACGGUCACGCUUCCGCCCUGCAGAUCUUGCUGGCGAGGGGAGCAAACCCAAAAGCUGUUGAUAAAUUUGACAGAUCUGCAAUAUAUCACUGUGCUGAACAGGGGAAGAAUGAUGCCCUUGAGGUUCUGUUCGAGAGCAAGUUAUUCCCUUUUUCAUUAAUUGACGAAGUGGACUGCUACGGGCAGCCUCCGCUCCAUGCUGCGGUCAUGAAGGGUCACAUGGAGACCAUGGCAUUCCUGUUAAAUCACGGAGCGGUUCCAGACACCAAGAACGAAGAGCAAAAUACGGUGUUGCAUAUAGCUUCCAAGAGAGGCUAUGUUUGCAUGGUCCAGGCACUACUGCCCUACUCCUGCACAAUGCUGAACGCCGAGAACGAAGACCUGGACACGCCUUUGCACUUGGCUUGUAAGUGGGGCCACGAAGAGGUGGUCAGACUACUGCUGGAAGCCGGCGCCGACGUCAAGGCCACCAAUUCCUCUUCCUCCACUCCACUGCAUCUGGCGGCUUUCAAGGGCCACGUGGGUUGUUGUCAUAUGCUGCUGGACUCGGCUGCCCCUACUGACAUAUUCAAUAAGGAAAACAAGACCCCGUUAAUCUUGGCAGUUCUGGAAGGUCAUGUCGGAGUGACGCGGAUGUUACUCGACCACGGGGCGUCCUUGGCCGCCGCUUCAAAAUCAGACAUGAAUGCUUUGGAAGUCGCCGUGGACGCUGGCAAAAGUGAUAUUGCGCUCACCAUUAUCCAGUCCAAGGGUUGGGAGGAAGGCAUGAAACGUGUUUCUGACGACUACAGAGGAUACAGAGUCACGCCCUUCAGGAGAAUGAUCGAAAAGUUACCCAAAGCAGCAGAGGAAGUUCUCAACAGGUGUAUCAAGACGAACCCUCCGGCAAUCAGCGUGGCAGGAACCGAUCAAACGAUCACAUUCGAGUACCUGGACGACACCUACAGCAGCUCAGUGCAGGGCGUCGACUGCUUCGACGCCGGUGGGAGGCUCACAGCUCUGGCGACUCGCUACGACAGAAACGCCCGCAGGGUGAAGAAGAACCAUCCGCUUAUGCUCAUGAUCAAACACAAGCUGCCUUCGCUACUGUCGCAUCCCGUCUGCGUAGCUCUGAUCAGGCACAAGUGGGACACGUAUGGAAGAUGGGUUUAUUACGGUAAUUUCACCCUGUACCUGAUCUUCUUGCUUUCUCUCACCACUUACGUCAUCGCUACCAAAGACCUGAACUGGAUAGACGCCAACUUGACGGACAAAGUCGCCAAUUACCGGAACGCGGAUUCCUGCGAGGAAAUCAUUGACUGGGAUGACAUUAAAGUUUAUUUGCUUUUGACAUUCUGCAAAUAUGCGGUGGGAGCCAUUGCCUGCUUGGAGAUGAUCAAAGAGAUCUCCCAGUUUUAUUCGGCUAGAUGUGCAUACCUCGGACUGGAAAACCUAGUCGAGUGGACUUGCUACGUCUGUGCGGCACUCUUCAUCCUGGAGUUUCACAGCUGUCCAUUCAAGGAGGAAUGGCAGUGGCAGCUGGGGGCUACCUCCAUCUUCCUCUCGUGGAUAAACCUGCUGCUCUUCAUCCGCGUCUUCCCGUUCUUCGGCAUCUACGUCAUCAUGUUCACGGAGGUUCUCAAGUCCUUCUGCAGCUUCUUCCUCCUGUUCUUCUUCUUCAUCAUCGCCUUCGCUCUGAGCUUUUACACGGUACUUAGCGGCAACUAUGGCUUCCGAACACCAGCUUUUUCGCUUCUGAGAACUUCGGUCAUGAUGAUUGGGGAAAUCAGCUUCGAAGACGUUUUCAAUAACCCGAACGACCCUCUCGAGUAUCCAGAGAUCACCUACAUUCUGCUGACGGCAUUCCUGAUCUUCAUGUCGAUUCUCAUCAUGAACCUGCUGGUGGGCCUGGCCGUAGAUGACAUCAAGGCUGUGCAAGAACAGGCCAUGUUGCAGAAAUUGGCCAUGCAAACGGAACUGGUGCUUGACAUCGAGAUGGUGAUACCGGACUUCAUAAAGCGAAAAUACAUCUUGAAGGAGAUGAAAGUAGUGCACGGCCAAAACCACGGGAUUCUUAAUACACUUCUGAGCAAGAUUGCGCACCAACAGGGGAAAGAGGUCAGCGAAGUGGAAGAAUUGAAACGGGAAAUCGUCCAACUGAAGCAGUCCGUGCAUCGCCUGGUGGAAGUCACGUCAUCCAUGAACGAGUUGGUCGUUUUGAAGUCGAGGGUUGGAGGCGGCGGUGGCAGCCCGGAGCGCGAGCUAUCUAAUAAUAGAUCAGGACAGAGAGCUUUCCACCAACACUCCAACGAUUCUCCUUCCUUGACGCCUACGAUGGCCGAACCCGUUUCCUUGUACAGGGGAAUGGAUUUCUGAGAAGAACUGUAAAAAUAAAUUGUGAUCUUUUCAUGAACCUGAGGGUUUAUUGAUUAUUUUUGUUCAAAUCUAGGGCACAACUUAAGACAUCCGUUCUCUGACCAGAGAACAGGCAGUUAAUUUAUUUUGAUCUAAUGAUAACUCAGGCAGUGGCUGUAUGCUUUUGUGAAUGAGUAAAGGCAUUACUGGUGAGACAGGCUCUUGUAAUAAAUAGGAAUAGUA